UCCAUCCAUUCGUUGUUGUUGUUAGAGCGGUGAUGGAGAAGCAGAGGGACCGCUACCGGUGCUAGCUAGCUAGCAACGAUUCAAGCCAAGCUAAUAAACAGACACAUAGAGAAAGAGGGGAAGAAAACAAACGGACCGGAGGGAGAGAAAUGGAAACGGUUGAGCAGCUCGUCUCUUUCCACCACAUUCAGGUCCAGUUGAGCGGGGGCGCGCCUUGGGGGUUCACGCUGAAAGGAGGGCUUGAGCACGGAGAGCCACUCAUCAUCACUAAAAUCGAGGAUGGAGGGAAGGCCGCCCUGUGCAAGAAGCUGAAAACCGGCGACGAGCUCAUUAACAUAAAUGGAUCCGCCCUCUACGGCAGCAGACAGGAAGCCCUCAUCCUCAUUAAGGGAUCGUACCGGAUGCUGAAGCUCGCGGUCAGGAGGCGCAGCGUUCCUCCCAUCAGGCCUCACUCCUGGCACCUGGCAAAGCUAUCGGAGCAGCCCUCCCUCCCUCCCUCCCCUCCUCCGUCUCUCCUCCCCCCUGCCAUGCAGCUCCACCCCGGCCAGUACACACUACCCUGGCACACAACUGACAACAGUGACUUAUCCUUGCAGUGGGGUCAGCUGUCCAGACCUUACUCCUCCACAGACCGAAGCAGUUCCCUGGGCUCCAUGGAGAGCUUGGACACACCGACACCGACCACACAGCAGUACUCUGACUCCCAGAAUUCCCCCGUUGACCCCACCCUUUUCAACAACAACAGAGACUCUGCCUACAGCUCGUUCUCCGCCAGCUCGAACACAUCCGACUACGCGACAGUGCCACUGAGGCGCGGUGACGCCUGCUCCAUGGACAACCUCCUCCAGAGCCUGGGGCCGGCUUGUCGAGGCUACCCUGGUGGUGAUACCUCAGUCCUGCGGCGUUCAUAUGGCGAGGCCCCAGAUGAGAUGCAGCUUAUUGUACUCAAGUCCAGGUCGCUGACCAGGCCAAGACCAAUGCAUGUUGAGGUAAAAGAAAGGCCUUCCUCCUGCUGUUAUGAGGAGGAGCGGAGGGGAGGAGACUUUGAGAUCGUAAGAAAUGAAGAAAGAGGAGCUGAGAGAAAGAUGAACCCUCCUCAGCCUCCAACCAGGAAGGACAGUUUUAGGGCAACCCGGAGUCGCCCCAAUGCCGCCAACAAACGCUGCGUCUCCGCUCCCACUGAAAUUUCCAGCGUUUCUUUUUACCAUGACGAAAACAGGUCUUCUUUGAAUGUUGAAUCAGGAAUUCAUAAUGGCUUCGCUGCACCAGAAGAAGGUGACAAAACUGUGAAUUUCAAAGAGGAUACCUUAGACUCGCACUAUAUCCAAAGACAGACUGAAGACAUUAGACAUAUCAGAUGUGAUACGAGCGCAAAUAAAGACUGCAAUUCAGAGACCACUUCAGACCACCUCUCUGAUCCAGCGACAGCCUCCCUAGUCCCCAUCACCUCCUCUAGUCCUUGCUCCUUACCUGCGGAGUCCUCCGUGGAGGUUCAAGAGGAGUCUCGCGUGACUCACUCGCAGAACAAGCACUCCUCCACGGGGCUUCACCGCCACAGCGCCCCAGAUAAGCUCCUCGCUACACAACUUCAGUUAUUGCAGUUUAACAGCGAUGGCUCUUCAUUGGAGCCUCACAAUCCGUCAGACACUUCUGAUCCCUCCUUGUCCUCCUGUAGCAGCCAGUGGUCCCAUUCAUCACUCCAGCCCACGAGGGAAGACCAAGAAGCUUCUCACAACCACCUCCACGCGCCAUCAAACAAAUGGGGAGGCAGCCGUUGCUCGACCCCAGGGUCCGUGUUCUUGGACGGGGAUGAGGAUGACGGAAAUGCAAUUGAUAGGCUGAAAGGGAUGGGUGUAAAUGGAGGGUCCCUUCCGCCAAUGGAGCAUCACCACCCUUGGGGACGCUCUGUAAGCGUACCGGGGGACCCCGCUGGAUCGUCAACCCAGGGAAGGUUGAGCUCUGACCAGAUAACAGAGAGAGAUUUUGAGCCUCUUAGUGCUGCUGCCAGUAUGGACACCUUACUGGAGGAGCAGAGAGCAGUGGAUGGAGGAGGAAGUGGGGGUAAAAGCGAGGCGGGUGCGGCAGGAGAGACAGACAUGAAGAGGACAAACGCGUCCAGGAACCAUCGUCGGAACCGUCGUCGCAGCGAACGAUUUGCUACCAACCUGCGCAAUGAGAUCCAGAGGAAAAAGGCCCAGCUCCAGAGGAGCCGUGGCCCAGGAGGGUUGCUCUGUAGUGGGGAAACUGUCCAUGAGGAAGAGGGUCCAGACCUCAAUGAGGAGGGGGCAGACCCAGACCCGCCUGCCCCGGAGAGGAGUACCAAAGUUAACUCGCACGUCAGUCCCCAAGAUGCCGGCACCGCAGCACAAGUCGAGAGAGCAACCGUCUCUAGUGAAUCAAACCAUGAUGUCUUGCAGACUCGGUCAACAACCUAUACUCAAAACAACAACCUGUCCAGGUCUGUCCAGAUUCUGGACCCUGGAGUGCCUAAUUUUGGUGUCAGUGUCCGAGUCGUGGAGGAACCAGCCCCUGCUGGCAAAGCCCGCCGCUGGCGUUGGACCCCAGAGCAUAAACUCCAACCCGAACCACAACGCCGGUGUGGAGUGUUGGGUGAGAAGGUGUUGGGAGUCACAGGGUCCCGGCAUGGGGUUUGUGUCUUCACCUCCUCAUCCAAGUCCUCAUACAGCCGCUCCUCUUCCUGUUCACGGAUGGAUGAGUCAGAUAUCCUCCCGUUUGCCGAUAGAAUGAAGUUUUUCGAGGAGACGAGCAAGGGUAUGUCUGGGCCAAAUGCUCUGAAUCUGUCGAGUCGCAGGCAGAAGAAACCUUCCCACCAUCCGGAGCUCCAGGGAGGAGAGCUCUGUCAGCACUCAACCCAAAGAAGAUACUCCUACCAGGGAGGACUUCAGCAGGAAAGCGCCCUGCUUCCAAACACUGUGGAAGCCAGGAGGCUGUCUGUGAGUACCAGCAGGGAGAGGCAAAAGGAGAAGGAGAGGGAACAAGUGAGAGAGAGGGAGGAGAGGGCAAGGGAACGCGAGAGGGAAGAGAGGCUGAGAGAAAGGGAGAGGCAGCAGGAGAGGGAAUUAGAAAUGGAGAGGUCGAGGCUGAGGGAGAUGCAGCGGGAGAGGGAACGAGAGGAGCGGGUGAGACAGUGGGAAAGGGAAAGAGAGAGGGAGCUUGAGUUGGAGAGAGAAAAAGAGAUGGAGAGGGCCAGAGAGAAAGAGCUCGAGAGAGGAAGAGAGAAGGAAAGGGAAGAAGAUGCUCAGCUCACCUCACAUCAGGAGUUAUAUGGCAUCAUAGAAAGAAAUCCUGACUUCCAACACAACUUUCAGCCAAAGACUCAGGCGCUCUCCAAUAGCCAAACCCAGAAUCAGGUCCCGCGAUCGGCCUUCUAUCCUGUCAAUACCCCUUCCCAGCCCAUGGAGAACCAGCAACCUCUUCAACAGGGAUACACAGCGAGGAGCUACACACCUACAGAGACGUAUCCUGCCCGGCAACAGGAAACGACCAAGCUCAACAGGAAGUACAGCCUGACCGAGAGGGACUACUCGAGCUGGAGACGGGAGUCCAGGCCUCCAGAGAGCAGUGAUCAGUAUCCUCAGCACCAUCAGGGUCGACGGGGCCACAGACAGGCUGACGGCGGCAAUGAUUAUCGCAACGGGUGCGCGUUCGCUCCCCCGCCGGCUCCUCUCUCGCUCCGAGGACGCGCCAUGUCCGAAAACGACCUCCGCUUCGACAGCAGCCACCGCUGGUCGCCGUCGAUUUCGGCGACGACCAGCCAGACCCUGAGCGAGGUGGAGGAGUGGGCAGGCGGCGUCAGGGGAGGAGAAGCCGCCGACACCGCCCGGCCAAACAGGAAGAAGACGCCACCUCCACCGAGGCCGCCGCCCCCAAAGUGGGAGCAGUUUCACCGCAGGCGCGCGUCUCACCACACCCUGUUCUCUUCCUCCUCUUCUCCUCCUCACUCCGUCCCUCCCUCCUGUGACGCCGCGGAGGGACACUGUUCGACUAACUCCUCUUCGUGCGUCCCUCCACUCGACACGUCCAGACAGAGGUCCUACAGUCUUCCUCCAGAGAGGCAGGAAGUGUCGGAGGGCUGCCCGCGAUGCAGCCGCAGCCAGACCCAGGAGCACAGAUACCCUCACGCCUCGUCCAAUCAGAAUCCACCACAGAUGCAGGAACACCCCUUCUCCCACGCUCCAUCCAAUCAGAAUCAGGUUCCGUUUCAGGAUCGGUCCUUCGCUGUUACUCCGCCAAGCCCCAUGUUCUCCAGGAGGGCCUUCAGACCAGUGGCUCCGCCCCAGAAAGAGAGGGAUGUGAGGGGCACGUAUGGACAGCAGGAGAGGGUGGAGGUUUUAUCAACUUAUCCUCCACCUCCACCGCCACCUACAGAGAACAGCACGAGCAGUUUAUCUGAGAUGAUCGUCAACUCCGACCAGGGCAGAGUAACGGUGAAACCUCACAAACAGCAGUCCCACGUGAGACCAGGAGCCGAGUGGGAGCGAGCCCCAUCUCCCAGAGUUCAUAGCGACUCAACACAUCCACCUGUCUUAGAAAACGGAGGCGUUGGCAGGGUUGUACCUCCUGAGUCCUACUUCUCCGUAGACUACGAGCAGCAGCUUCGUAUGAGCAGAGGCUUUCAGAGCAUCGAGCCCCCGAAGAUCCCCGAACCAGGAACCGAAUCCGAGACGACCCUCAGCCCGAGUCCUGCGCACAGCCUGGACGCAGACCUGGACAUCCCCAUGGAAACGGACAUCGAUGACUUCCAGGAGGAUGACGGGCUUCCAGCGGCGGACGAGCCGAUCACCAGCGAGCACCCUUGCUUCGCGCUGCCAGUUACGGUCCUGGAGACGGACAUCGACACCUUAGCGGACUCUACCGAGGCCUCGCCGUCGGGCAGGACAAGGGCGGAGAGCGGCUCCGUGGAGGAGGAGCUGGAGGCCGGGGAGAGCAGCAGAGAGCAGCUGAGCCUGGAAGAGCUCUUCCCCCCCAGCAGUGAGGGAGAGUCAGGCAGGGAGAGCUGGAGAGGGGCAUACCAAACCACAGAGCACAACACCGACAGCUUGGAUAGGCGCUCCGGUGCAAGCUCCAGCUGUUCGUCCUAUUACAGCACGUCAACAGCCAAGGCACAGCUGCUGUCGCAGAUGAAGGACUUCACUGAUAACCGAGAGAGAGACGAGGACGACGAGCUGACCUACAAGAAACAGCUGAUGGAGAGCCUCCGCAAGAAGCUGGGAGUGCUGAGAGAAGCUCAGAGGGGACUGCAGGAGGACAUCCGAGCCAACGCACAGCUGGGAGAGGAGGUGGAGAGCAUGGUGGUGGCGGUGUGUAAGCCCAACGAGGUGGACAAGUUCCGCAUGUUCAUCGGCGACCUGGACAAGGUGGUGAGCCUGCUGCUGUCGCUGUCCGGCCGGCUGCUGAGAGUGGAGACCACGCUGGAGACCCUGGACCCCGAGACGGAGCACCACGAGAGGCUCCCCCUGCUGGAGAAGAAGCGUCAGCUCCUGAGGCAGCUGUCUGAGGCUCAGGACCUGAAGGACCACGUCGACCGCCGAGAGCAGGCCGUCAGCCGGGUGCUGGCCCGCUGCCUCUCCCCCGAGCAGCACAGAGACUACAGCCACUUUGUGAAGAUGAAGGCGGCGCUGCUGGUGGAGCAGAGGCAGCUGGAGGACAAGACCCGGCUGGGAGAGGAGCAGCUGAGGGGGCUGAGGGAGAGCCUGGGGCUGGGGCUGGGGAUCGGAAUGGGUAUGUCGAUGGGAUACGGACAUUAUUGAGAAAAAAAAAAAAAAAAAAACCUAAAGAGAUGAAGAAGCAGGGGCUUGUAGUCACACUAAGUCAGUUUCAAGACAACAAGUGAAGGAGCAAAGAGGAUGGAGACCCGUUUAGCAAACACUGCUUUACAGAGUCUCUUAAAGGAAUAGUUUGACAUUUUGGGAAGUAUACUUCUUCACUUUCCUGCCAUGCGUUAUGCGAAAAGAUCGACACCACUCUCAUGUCUGCCAGCAGCAUCCGAAAAUCCCCGUUAUGUACACGUUACUCCAUGUUUUACGGGCCAGACUAAUUCUUAGCCCGGGUGCUAAGCUUCAUAUUAGCUUCAUAUUUAGCAAUCCAAAAAAUUUCAAACUUUUGCUUUAAGGAUUAGGAGACAUGUCGAUUUCCGAAGUUGAAGGACCAAACCAACAGCUAUAGCGGCUAAAAACACCCCUGAAAGUUUUUCGGUAACACCCAAUGCUGGCCCAGACCAAAACAGGAGGCCUGAGUCCGGGGGUGUCAACAAGAGAAAAGAUUGGACUUUAGUGCUACAGCCCAGGAAGAAACGAAGAAGAAGAAGAAGAAAGUUGAGCAUAGACUCACAGAAACAAUUAACUAGAGACGUCCGACAUUUUAAAAUGCAACAAAUACACCAGAAACAUAAGGACAACUCGUCCCCAGAACUGUGAUUAGAGAGCCGAGGGCAUGUUUGAUGGUUAGAAAAAGAGGAUUAAUGGAUUUGGACACUGAGACACAAGUUUGUGAACAUAGACGGCAAAGAAAAGGAUGUUUUUCACUUAUAUAAUAAAAAAAGAAAAAAAAAAAGAAAAAAGUAUACCCUCUGCUUCACAUGAAGUGCCUGAAACACUUAUGACACUACUCUUCUUCUAACACUACGUUGCCAAAGACAUUUUCUCCUGAUGAAUGUGUCGCUGACACGCUGCUUUUUGUCGUUGUUGUUGUGUUUUCUUUUGUAUUUAAAUCUCCUGGUUCAGAGAAUCGAGACUUUUUUUUUGUUUUUUGGGUGCUUUCACACUAAGAAACUGUGUUUCCAUUAACGACACUAAAGUCAAUAUUGUGAGAUUCAGCAUUAUUAACUGUAAUCUCGUUUUGUAUUCACCUUUGUUCGCUGGCAAUACAUAUACUGUAUUAUCUACCAUACUCGAUAUAUCACUUUGUAUUCCCAUUACUGUAACGUGUGUUACUGCGUGGGGUUUGACACUCCACCGACGCGUUAUACUGUCACUAAGUAGCUGUUAUGUACAGAAGACUUGUGUUUAUAAUGUAUACGAUGUGUGUGUAUAUAGUGAUUUUGUUUUGGAAUGACUGGAAUCGGUUGUAAAAAAAAAAAAAAAAGGUUGUAAAAGAGAACGAGAAAACCGGGAAGAGUCGACGUUUACUGUAUAUUUUGACGGGGGAAAGUUUGGUUUGUCUCAAAACAAAGAGUUCCAGUUUUUUGUCGUUAGCUUGUGAAGUUUUUUUUGCCCCUAACUCGUCCGCCAGUCCCAGUUGACAUUUCAUUCAUACAUUUAAUAUUUACUGGAGACUGUGGUUUAAAAGAACGCUUACUGACAUUUUUUUUUUUUUUGUUGAGAGUUAGAUGAAACGAUUAAUACCACUCUCAUGUUUAUACGGUAUAUGGCUACAGCCAGCUGCCUGUUAGCGUAGCUUAGCAUAAAGACUGGAAACGGCUAGCUUGGCGCUGUCCAAAGGUAACAAAAUCUGGCUAACAGCACCUCUGAAGCUCAUUGUUCAACACGCUAUAUAAACAAACGAGAUAUAAUGUGGUGAUUAGGGAGCUUUAGAGGUGAUGGUACGUGUAGGCUAGCUGUUUCCCUCGGUUUCCAGUCUUUAUGCUAAGCUAAGCUGAACGGCUGCUGGAUUUACGUUCAAUUUGAACUCGCAUAGAUAUGAGAGUAGUGUUUCGAGUGGUGCUUCUCAUCUAAAUCUGAAAAAUGAGCCUGGCAAAACUUUUUUUAAUUUUCACCUGGCAAAAACCCUUUUUCACCUAUUCUAAAGUCAUAAAACACAGGAGAGAAAACAAUUUAAAUCAGAUUUAAAUGGAUCACCUGAAAUUUUAUUUUUUUUCUCACCGGCCUCUUAGGGCUUCCGUACGAAACGCAUAGAAAAACUCAAUCUUGUUUUCUCAAUUUGUGAAUUCAAUUUGUGCUUUAACCUGCCUUGACUUAUUGUGAUUUGUGACGUUGCCAAAGACGGUCUCCCGAGCUUUAACCGGUAACCUAAACCUUGGACAGGACAAGUUUCAGAACAGCCUGUCUGAGUAAAUCAAACAAAGAAAAAAUAAAAAACAAAUUAAAUAAAACUGCAGCUCAAAAAGAGAUGGGAGGGAUUUGGGAAGAGGGAAUGUGUAUAUUUUGGCUGUUCAAAGAUGGCCUUGCUGUGGCCCGGUUAACUCAGCUGGUAGAGCGGGCGCACAUAUGCAGAGGUUUAUUCCUCGACGCAGAAGGCCCAGGGCUCGAGUCCAACCUGUGACGGUUUUCCUGCAGGUCUCCCCCCUCCCCCCCCCCCACUCUCUGUCCCCUUUCAUAUCUCAGCCUUCCUAUCAAAGGCAGAAAUGCCCCAAAAAUUAAAAAUAAAAGGUGGCCUUGCUGAACACUUAAUCAUUUUCUACUUUAUCAGUUUCACUGGUUGAUCAAGCAAAUCUGCAGCUUGAAGUCUAUUAAAAGUUACUUUUACACUUGGUAUUUUCCUCUUUUCCGUGGUUUGUUCUCAGAUGAUUCCUGCUGUUUUAAUACCAAACAACCCUGAGCUUUCGUAUACACAUAUUUACUUGUUGAUUGUACAUAUUUUGUGUAUUCUUGUACUAUAACAGCCAUUUUCUAAACCGACUGGAAACGUAUUGACUUGACCAGAGAGGAACGAGCGUUGCUUGUUGAGAGUAUAUUUCUUCUAUUCAUGUAAUUUUUUUGUUGUUGUUGUUGUUGUUGUUGUAAUAUGCAUUACAAAUUGUGUAACUGCAAAAACACUCACUCGAGGAGAAAAAAGUACCAUAAAUAAUAAUAAUAGUAUUUUAAACUAG